UGUAAACAAAGCAUGCUAUUUCCAAAACGCUGUCUCAGCUUCUUGAUCAACACUGCUGGUACAUGCAGCAGAGAGUUCAACAUCUGUUUUUGGCCAUAUUCUAUUUUGAGAAGGAAGACUGUUCGACAAGAAGUGAUGAAGCACAACUUCACUGUGUGUGUGGAAGGAAAUAUAGCCAGUGGAAAGACAAGGCUUCUUGAAUACUUCAGAAAGUUCUCAGGAAUUGUUGAGGUUUUGGAAGAGCCCACUCGAGAGUGGAGGGAUGUACAGGGACACAAUGCUUUGGCAUCUAUGUACCAAGACCCGGCAAGAUGGGGAGCCAUGAUGCAGUCUUAUGUUCAACUAACGAUGGUCAAACUUCAUACACAGCCACAGUCAGUUCCAGUGAAGAUGAUGGAAAGAUCGCUGCACAGUGGACGCUACUGCUUCAUUGAAAACCUUCAUAAAAGUGGCGUGAUGGCAAACCUGGACUAUGUUUUACUUAAUGAAUGGUUUGAAUGGCUGACUACCUCUCAGGACUUCAAUGUUGACCUCAUUGUUUACCUCAGGACACGGCCAGAGGUGUUGAUGGAAAGAAUAAGAAGCAGAAACAGGCCUGAGGAGCAGGACAUUCCAAUGAAAUAUCUUGAAGACCUUCACCAAUUACAUGAGAAAUGGCUGGUAGAAAAGACUCCAUUCAAACCCACAGCCCCAGUACUUGUAUUGGAUGCCAACCAAGAUAUAGCUACGAUGAACCAAAUAUAUGAGGAGCAUAAGAAACAAAUACUGUGUGGGUUACAGACAACCUGACAAAGACUGAGCAAAAGUCUUAGACUCUGUUACCAUAGGAACCAGACUGGUUUAGAAUGAAAGUAGCAAACCAGUCCGACUAAAUUGCCAAAAUGUUAGAGUUUGUUACCAUAGGAACCAGUCUGGUUUUAAAUGAAAGAAGUAAACCAGUCGGACAAAAUUGCAAUUUUUUAGACUGUCUUGCCAUAGAAACCAGACUGGUUUAAAUGAAAGAAGCACACCAGCCUGACUAAAUUGCAAAAAUCUUAGACUUAGACCAUAGGAACCAGACUGGUUUUAAAUGAAAGUUACAGUAGUAAACCAGUCAGACAAAAUUGCAAAAAUCUUAGACUGUGUUACCAUAAGAAAUAAGACUGGUUGAAAAUGAAAGAAUGAAACCAAAUAGAAUGCUUGACAUUGUUUUGAAAGAUUUGAUCUAGUUGCAUCAUGCUGUCGAUCAUUAAACAAAUUUAGACAAAAAGCUCUGAGAUCAGAUACUUGGCAAAUUUUUACAAUUAAUUGGAAUGGCAAUUGAACUUCAAUAUGUGGUGAAGAGCACAAUUUUGUUGGUAUAUUCCAGUAUUUUUUCAUUGUCUCACCCUGACCAAUGUUUUAUCAUUUUCUAAUAUUUUACAUACAGUUAUUUUUUUACAUCAGCAUUAAAAAUAUUUCACUCGUGGCUAUGCCACAAUAUACCUUAUAUUGCGAUCUUUCAUGGAAAUAAACAAAUAUUCUUUUAAAUAUUUCACCUAAGUCCUUGUGAACAUUGUAAGCCUAUCAUGAAAUAUAACUUUUGGUUCACACUUAGUAAAAUAUUUUUCUAUUUUGCACUGUAACAAACUAUUAUCCUCUUUAUCAAAUUGUUUUCAAUAAAACUGUUUUACACUGAAUCAUCUAGGUUUUAAGACAAUGUUGUACUGUAAAAUACUAGUAAAAAAAAAUUUAAUAUGUUUUUAACAAAGAAUCUCUUUUUUAUGAUCUGACACAAAGAAUAUUGAUUUUAUGUCAUUUACAAACAGUAUCUGAUUUUUUUUAUUAAAUUUUUAGAUUGUGGUAACAUCUGUUAAUGGCAGCAACAUUAAAUAAUUUGAUACUGUUAUAUUGUAGGGCAUUCUGUUGAUUAAAUGUUUAAUCUUCCUGA